AGUUAUCAUAUAUCAAGAAUCCAACUUCAAGUCUUCAAGUGAAUAGAACUAGGCGUGAGUGAUGGGGUCUGAUUGGCAAGUUAACCGAGAAUUGAUUAGUCAACUGGAAAGUGUGGGAUUCUCUGAGAGUCGAGUUAAGAACGCACUUCAACACUAUUCUGGAGAUUUAAGUGUUUUGAGUGUUGAGGAUGUCAUAAACUGGAUUCUUGCUCAUGAGGAUGAGGUUGUUGCCGAGAUUCCCAUCGAAGACAUUAUUGAUGAAGAAAAGGAUCCUUCUAUUUCAGAGGAAGAAAAAUCGAGGGCAAAAAUACUUAGAGAACGAAGAGCGGAGCUAGAGUUAAAUGCUAAAAAGGUUAAUGAAGAAGCGCAAAAGGUUGCACAAAAGGUUCACAACGAAGUACAAAAGGUUGCACAAAAGGCUAGGGAGCAAGCACAAAAAGUGGCACAAAAGGCUAUGGAGCAAGCACAAAAGGCUGGUGAGGAUGCACAAAAGGCUACACAAAGGGUUCAUGAGGAAGUACAACGGGCUUACGACGAAGCACAAAAGGCCAUGGUGGGUGCGAGAGCGUUUUUGCCACCUUCCCUACCCCCAUUGCCGCCAGCACCACCUUUGCUUCGCCCCCCACCGCUACCGCCGCUAUCGCUACCAAAGAGGACUGUUGGUGAAGAAGCUGAUGAGAUUCGCCAAGAAAUGAAUACAGUUCGGCGGGAGAUCGCCAAAGUACUAGAGAAAAUUGAUAGGGUUCGGGACAAAGUCGACAGGAUUCUCCAGACCAAUGCAAAAAUAGCCCGACACGAAGGCGAUGGAGUUCGGAAUGAAGCAGAUAGUGUUAGGGAUGAGGCAGAUGGGGUCCGCAGCCGUGCCGUUGGUGUUCGGGCCAAAGCAUACAGCUUUUGGCGUAGAGCUCAACGCGAAAGUAAUCAAGAGGAAGCAAAAAAGGUUUAUGAGGAAGCACAACAGGUUUGGAAAGAAGCAAAUGACGCCCGAGUAAAAUCAAAUGAGGUCCGACAAGCAGCAAAUGAAGUCCGACAGAGAGCAUAUUUAUAACUUGACAACACUGUACAGGAAAUCGGCAAUCAUGGAAAAGGGAAGGGCUGAGAUUUAUUAAGGCUUAAAAUUCAUUAUUACUACUGUAAAAAAUAAGACUAUUAGUGCCAAGAAAUAUCGAUCUUAUACUACGUUUCAUCUGAUAGAACCGAAGAGCCCUAUAUAUCAUGGGCAAUUAGUGAAUUCAUUACCAAUAUCAAACCAGUUAAAAUGGAAUCACUCCUUAUUAGCACAAAAAACAGUGGACGUGUGUCAUCCAUUGCUAAAUAAAUAGUAACUAGAAUC